UUCUUCGUUCUCGAUUAGUUGGUUGAUUUUUUGUUUGUUUCUAGAACAAAUCUUUAGAAUUACCGCGGUGAAAAUGAAACAAAUUGUUUGUGUUCUGGUUGUGGGGCUGAUCGGUGCCGUGUUGGCCGAUAAGGAUGCCACCGUGCUGCGACAUGAUGCCGAGGUCAACGUUGACGGAUCGUACCAGUACGCGUACGAAACGUCCAAUGGAAUCGCCCACGAAGAGCAGGGAGCCCUGAAGAACCUCGGCGAGGAACAAGCUCAGGUUGCCCAAGGUCGCUUCUCGUACGCCGAUCCCGAGGGUAACAAGAUCUCGCUGCAGUACGUGGCCGACGAGAACGGAUUCCAGCCCCAGGGUGAUCACCUGCCGACGCCACCACCAAUUCCAGUGCUGAUUGAGAAAGCGCUCCGAAUCCUGGCGGCGCAAUCUUCGCAGCAGUAAAUUGGCCAUUAAAUUGGUUAGUCUAUUUGUUAGUUAAGUCUUAAAUUAAGCUUCAACCACCUAGUCGGUAUCGAGCCCACACAUAGUACGUAAUAAAUCCAACGAAAACCU